CCAAGAGAUCCCAUGUUAAGAGACAAACAUCAUGGGAAAGAAAUCUUGAAUAUGCGGAAAACACUGGCAUUCGUUGGAUAUACAUAUAAAGGGCUACCCACCGAAAAUCAACGGGGAGGUAUGGCCGAAAGAGUCCGAGGAAGACCUGGGAUUAAAAAUAUUGAAGGGGAUGGAAGUUUGAGACUUCGAUCCAUGAGUUUGUGA